AUGAUGACAACAGUUGGAUUUGCUCUACCCAAUUCUCUCUUUUCCUUCAGAAGUUAUGGGCAAGUUACUCAAAAGGACGUUCUCUCUACUAUCAGUGAAGAAAGCUGGAAGAAAAAGAAAAGGGUCUUCUUCUUAGACGUUAGUCCACUUUGCUACGAAGGAAACAAGCCCAGCUCUCAAGCUUUUGGUCAUUGGCUCUCACUCUUCUUCUCUCAAGUUAGCCUCACCGAUCCUGUCAUAGCUGUUCUCGAUGGAGAAGAAGGUAACAAGCGACGCCGAGAAUUGCUGCCUUCGUAUAAAGCGCAUAGGAAAUCACCAAAUCCUGGAAGAAACUCCAAAAGGCCUCAUCAAUUCGUCGAUGAAGUUCUUAGAAAAUGCAAUGUGCCAGUUGUUAGAAUAGAAGGGCAUGAAGCAGACGAUGUGGUGGCUACACUGAUGGAACAAGCUGUGCAAAGAGGAUACCGUGCGGUUAUUGCAUCGCCCGACAAAGACUUUAAACAGUUGAUCUCAGAAAAUGUUCAGAUUGUCAUUCCUUUGGCAGAUCUCAAAAGAUGGUCCUUUUAUACCUUGAAACACUACCAUGCUCAAUAUAACUGUGAUCCACAGUCUGAUUUGAGCUUUCGAUGUAUAGUGGGUGAUGAAGUCGAUGGAGUUCCAGGGAUUCAGCACGUGGUCCCAGCCUUUGGAAGGAAAACAGCGAUGAAACUUGUGAGGAAACAUGGAUCUCUGGAGAGUUUACUAAACGCAGCAGCUGUAAGAACCGUGGGGAGACCAUAUGCUCAAGAAGCCCUUACCAAAUACGCAGAUUACUUGAGAAGAAACUAUCAAGUUCUUGCCUUGAAAAGAGAUGUGAGGGUACAGAUUCAAGAGGAAUGGCUGGUGGAGAGAGAUACAAGCAAUGAUUCAGAAGUCCUGUCAAACUUUUUCUCAACUUUUCAUUGA